CGAUUCACCGGUUAAAGUCAGACAUGAGCUAAGCCGGGUCACUCAGUAAAUCGCUGACUAGUCAGGCAGUGGCACUUUAGUGAAUAAGUUGAAAUGAUCUUAUCGGAGAGGACGUUUUUGGGGUCGCUUUGUUUUAACUAGUGGUUUCUGCGUGUAAUGCCUUGUGGUGUGAGAUUCCAGUAUAAUAACAUUUAUUGUUUUACACACGGACACCAGGUAACAAGCGGUUAAAGUUUUUAUGAUCGUGUAACCUUGCCAAGCUCAGCCCACGAGAUUUACUGUUUUCCCAGUUUAUCAUGAAGCUGAAGGCACGUGUGUUUCAAGGGCAGGAGUUGCCCAUUAGUGCCGGUUGCCCUGGAUUUCUGGUAGCUCUCUCAAUCUGUUAUUUGUAUUUUUUAUCAAAGCAGAUGUAGAAAAUUCUUCCUCCAGUCUGAACUCCUGGAGUUACGAAGACUGAAUGAUCUUGGAUUGAUUCCUGCGAAUGAGAUCUGCUGAAUACAGUCUGGAUUGGCUGAUGUCAAUUGGUGAGUGUUCUGAUUUUCUUGUAUAAAGUGCUCUCUAACACUUCCAUUACUUCUUCCGUUAUGACUCGUUAUCGGUCAUUCCAUCUUGGGGAGGCUGUGAUAUUAUCGCUGAAUAUACGUUUAUUUCACAGACCAAUGAUAGGGUGUCAGAUUUGGGGGAUCUGUAUGAAUUGUAAGCUUGUUUUCGGCAGGCCCUUCUUCACCUACUGUUCCCAUAUGGCAUACAUGUUUUGCUAAAAUGUUUAAUGUUUGUCUUGUUUCCUAUUGUGCAGUGCUGCAGACUAUGUUGGCGCUAUAUUAUUAAUUAUAAAACAGCAGGUAUGGAAAAAAGUGUUAAAAGUGGAGCAGUCAGCUUAGAAUCAAGUUGCCUGGUUGAUUGUUUUACUUCUAGAACUUUGAAUCAGAUUUGCUCUGUAUAAAGAGCCUGCAUUGUCAGUAAUAUUAACGUAACUGGAAGUGUUGACCAUGGUUGGAACUCCCACUGUCCCCAAAGUUAUGUGCCAUGCAGGUAGGACUUCACCUCAGUCCUCUUGUCUUCUAAUGAUUUGUCUCAGUGUUUACAUCCACUGGCCACAAACAUGGACCACGUGAUUACAUUUUAUAGUCUAUAUGAAACCCUGGCAUUGAGGAUAACCCUGAUCUUAGUUCACCUAGUUUUUGUCUAUCCUAUAAUCUGCGUACAAUCACUGGUUUUUACGUCUAUCUCUAAUACGCACUGUAUGUCUUCUACUAAGUGGUCAUCUCAUUCUGCCUCUGAUGGUGGUUGUAGUAGGUGACACUGAUUGGUAUGCUACUUAUUAUUUUGAUCUGAUUGUUGUAGACCCGCAUGGCGGAGCUGAGAAAACAAGAAGAAGUCCAAGAUGGUGUGCACACCAAGCUUGAGCCAGCACGUUGUGCUUCCACCACCGCCAACAACUUGGCAAUCCUUAAAGAAAGGUCAUUCGAUAUCAACUUUGAGGUUGGAGAUGAAUACGAUAUCAUCGAAACUAUUGGAACCGGGGCGUAUGGGGUGGUUUCCUCUGCACGUCGAAAAGGCUCAGGUGAGACAUUGUUGUAUUGUAAAAAAGUAAUGAUUGUCAAGGCAUUCAAGUUAAAUCCAGUGGGCAGAGUUAUUGGAACAGAAUCAAAGCAACGUUUAGGCCCACAACAGGGCCUUUGUCAAAGGCCCUGUUGUGAGCAUGACAAAGGCCCUGUUGUGUGCCGAAAUGUUGCUUUGAAACUGCUUCAAUAAAUCUGCUCACUGGAUUUAAUUUGAGUGCCUGGACCAUCAUUACUUUUUUGCAAAUCACAUUGUGAGGAUUGGCCAACCUCAGGCCCGGUUGCACCCUGGGAUCCAGGAGAGUGCGGUAACCAUACUGGUAAUUAUAUUGUUGUAUUGUAAGCAUGGUGCUCCUUAACAAGAGAGGAUGAUGGACAAAUUUAACUAAAGUCUGACUAAUGAUAUGAGUAUAAUGCGCGAUAUCUCAUAUAUGUCAUCUGACAGUGCAAAGUAUGAAUGUUUUAUUUCCUGUUCAUUACAGAGCUGGUUAACCCAUGCCUUAUGAUGAUCUGUCAAUAACAAGCAGAAAUAAUUUUCACUUUAUUCCACUGUGCAUAGGUCAGAAAGUCGCCAUUAAGAAAAUACCAAAUGCCUUUGACGUUGUAACGAAUGCAAAACGCACACUUCGUGAGCUGAAAAUUCUAAAGCACUUCAAGCAUGAUAAUAUAAUCGCCAUUAAAGAUAUUCUAAGACCAUCCAUGUCCUACGCAGACUUCAAGGCUGUGUAAGAGUCUUCUUCAUGUUCCUUCUUGCUGAUCUUAUUGGGAAUGUAUCACCGAGUUUGUCAAUCGACUGCUUUUGUCAUUCAAAGGUCUUAUCCCUCCAUCAUAUUCUCUCGUUUCUUUUAUUGGGAAUGAGGCAAUAGGCUGUUUUCCUCACUUAGUCCUUGAUUUCAUUCAUUUCAAUCAGAAUCAUAAAUUGUUCCAUUUUGUUAGGAAAACAUUUUUUGAAUGAUUUAUCUACAAACCUUUCCUUAGACUUUAAAAGUGACUUAUGUAGAUAAAUCAUCUGAAAAGUUAUUUUUUUCUAAAUGAAUAAAAUCAUUUCUGAUUAAACAAAUGAUAUAUUUGGUUUAGUGUUUCUGAUAAUCUUUGUAUAUACUUUUGCUUCUCUGACUGGGAAUGUAGCAAGGAGUUCAGCUAUAGACUGCUUUCAUCAUGCUCUGUCUGUAUAAUUGGAUGAAGGGUACAACUUAAUGGUUUAUUGUGGUCAUACUGAAUAAUUAGCUAUUACUACUGAAACAAUUGGAAAACAAGUUAAAGCAGACAUUUUCGGCAUAUUUCUCCUCUGGCAUUGCUGAGUUUAAGGAUGCUUUGAUGCACUUUGUACCUACCUAGUUGGAGGGCUGAGGUUUAGUUGUGACGCAUGCUGUGAAUUGAUUUCAGACACUUUUUGUCCUCUCAGGUAUGUGGUACUAGAUCUCAUGGAAAGCGACUUACAUCAGAUCAUCCAUUCCUCGCAGCCACUCACCCUUGAACAUGCCCGUUACUUCUUGUACCAGCUGCUCCGGGGCCUGAAGUACAUCCACUCUGCCAACGUCCUUCAUCGAGAUCUAAAGCCUAGCAACCUCCUCAUAAAUGAGAACUGCGAGCUAAAGAUCGGUGACUUUGGGAUGGCUCGAGGCCUCUGCACCAAGCCAGAUGAGUACAAAUAUUUCAUGACUGAGUAUGUAGCCACUCGCUGGUAUCGAGCCCCUGAGCUUAUGCUGUCACUCCACGAGUAUACUCAGGCCAUCGAUAUGUGGUCAGUGGGAUGUAUCUUUGCAGAAAUGCUUGGACGCAGGCAGCUGUUCCCAGGAAAGAACUACAUUCAUCAACUUCAGCUCAUAAUGACAGUGUUAGGUACCCCAUCCAGCCAGGUGAUAAGGGCAAUAGGGGCGGAGAGAGUACGGGCGUACAUCCAGAGUUUGCCUUCUCGUCAACCAGUGCCGUGGGCAAGUCUUUACCCACAAGGAGACCGUAAAGCCUUGGAUCUACUUUCGAAAAUGUUGAGAUUUGACCCACGUGAACGAAUUUCUGUGAACGAAGCCCUGCGGCACCCAUUCCUCUCCAAAUAUCAUGACCCAGAUGAUGAACCAGAAUGUGUGCCGGCCUUUGACUUUGGCUUCGAUAAAAUGAUUCUUACCAAGGAGCAGAUCAAAGAAGCCAUUGUAGCUGAAAUAGACAGCUUUCACCGCAGGAGAGAAGGAAUCCGACGACAAAUUAGCUUCAAACCUGCACUGGUACCAGCCGUGGAGGGGCCAGUAGGUGAAGGUGUCAUCAGGGAAGAUGACUUUCAGUCUCCACCACUCCCCCCUCCACCUGCAGGAUUGGAUGUGGACAUGCCUAGUGCCAAUUCCGCCAGGGAGAGGCUGGAUUUCCCCAUGGAGUCACCCAGGGCUCCAUUGAAACCAGAGACUAUAGAUUUAACUUCUCCUGUGGAGAACGGAGAGACAGUGCCACCGACAGAGAACCAGGAGGUCAAAGAGGAGACGCCAUUAGUCAAAACAGAUCCAGAACCUGUGCCAAAGAGGGAAGGGGCUAUAUCGGAUGACACCAAAGCAGCGCUUAAAGCCGCGCUUAUGAAAUCAGCUCUGCGGAACAAGGGAAAAGGUAAGGCACGGAGGACACCUCUUUUAAGCUUAAUUGUAUAUUUCAUAUUCUACAGUAAAUGAUAAUUUCUUUAUUCUAGGCUGUUUAAAACUUUAUUCAAUCUUUGUUGCUUGGUUCCUAAGACUUAUCCUUUAGUAUCUUCUUCACCCACCACCUUAAAGAGACACUCGAAAAAAACAACAAAUAUACACCCCUCACAUUUUUGUAAAUAUUUUAUUAUAUCUUUUCAUGUGACAACACUGAAGAAAUGACACUCUGCUACAAUGUAAAGUAGUAAGUGUACAGCCUGUAUAACAGUGUAAAUGUAGUGUCCCCUCAAAAUAAUUCAACAGACAGCCAUUAAUGUUGGCAACAAAAGUGAGUACACCCCAAAGUGGAAAUGUCUAAAUUGGGCCCAAAGUGUCAAUAUUUUGUGUGGCCACCAUUAUUUUCCAGCACUGCCUUGACCCUCAUGUCAUGGAGUUCACCAGAGCUUCACAGGUUGCCACUGGAGUCCUCUUCCACUCCUCCAUGACGACAUCACAAAGCCGGUGGAUGUUAGACCUUGUGCUCCAGCUUCUUCCGUUUGAGGAUGCCCCACAGAUGCUCAAUAGGGUUUAGGUCUGGAGACAUGCUUGGCCAGUCCAUCACCUUUACCUUCAGCUUCUUUAGCAAGGCAGUGAUCAUCUUGGAGGUGUGUUUGGGGUCGUUAUUAUGUUGGAAUACUGCCCUGCGGCCCAGUCUACAAAGGGAGGGGAUCAUGCUCUGCUUCAGUAUGUCACAAUACAUAUUGGUCUUUCUUGUGCAUCAUCUUUAGAAGAGGCUUCCUUCUGGGAUGACAGCCAUGCAGACCAAUUUGAUGCAGUGUGUGGUGUAUGGUCUGAGCACUGACCGGCUGACCCCCCCACCUCUUCAACCUCUGCAGCAAUGCUGGCAGCACUAUUUCCUAAAGACAAUCUCUGGAUAUGACGCUGAGCACGUGCACUCAACUUCUUUGGUCAACCAUGGCGAGGCCUGUUCUGAGUGGAACCUGUCCUGUGAAAUCGCAGUAUGAUCUUUCCCACCGUGCUGCAGCUCAGUUUCAGGGUCUUGGCAAUCUUCUUAUACCCUAGGCAACAAUUCAUAUUUUUUAGAUCCUCAGAGAGUUCUUUGCCAUGAGGUGCCAUGUUGAACUUCCAGUGACCAGUAUGAGAGUGUGAGAGCAAUAACACCAAAUUUAACACACCUGAGACCGUGUAACACUAACGAGUCACAUGACACCAGGGAGGGAAAAUGGCUAAUUGGGCCCAAUUUGGACAUUUUCACUUAGGGGUGUACUCACUUUUGUUGUCAACGGUUUAGACAUUAAGGGCUGUGUGUUGAGUUAUUUUGAGGGGACAGCACAUUGACACUGUUAUACAGGCUGUACACUUACUACUUUACAUUGUAGCAGAGUGUCAUUUCUACAGUGUUGUCACAUUUAUAAGAUAUAAUAAAAUAUUUCCAAAAAUGUGAGGGGUGUACUCACUUUUGUGAGAUACUGUGUAUGUAUAUAUAAAUACACACACAAAUCACUGUUUAAUAGAUUUACCACCAAUACAAAAACAUGAAACAUAUAUGCAUUUAAAGUGUACAUGUUUUCAAUGUACAAUUUAAAUUAUAGAAAGGUAUAGUCUAUGCAACACAUUUUGGAAAAGAUGCAUCGUGCCCAUAUGUAUGUGGAUGCGUUCUUGUCAAACAUCUUAUUCCAAACAAUGACCAUGAAUAUGGAGAUCGUUCCCCUUUUGCUGCUAUGUCACUCACCUGGUAAGGCUUCCUAUUAGAUGAUUAAACAUUGUUUCAGGGAUUUGAUUAUUUGCUUUCAUUUAGCAAAAGGGACAGUAUUUCGAUGUUGCGUGACUAGGCCUGGCCAAGAGUUGGUGGACAGUCAAAUACUCUUGCACACAACUCAACAAACCAUUUUUCUGGGAACGUACCUUUGUGCACAGGGAGAAUUCCCAACUACCAUCAUUCUUCUCCCAAAACAUUAAGGUUGGCACUCUGCAAUCAACCAGCUUGUUCUUUGGCCUGUCUGUAGGUACAGUGUGGUUAACCACUGUAACUUCUCUAUGCCACGUCGUGGUUGAGCUGUAAAUAUUGUUGGAUCUCAUUCACUACUUUAAUAUUAGUGUGUUAUUUUAACAAUGCAAUAACUUCUAUUUACCUUUCAUAUCCAUCAACUUUUACCAUUCUUUGUAUAUUCCUCCUAGAUGCUGCCACGUCUGUCUCCGAAGCUCCAGAAAUGAAGAAGCCAAUAACAGCUCAGGAACGCCAACGCGAACGUGAAGAGAAGAGAAGGAGGCGCCAUGAGCGUGCCAGGGAGAGGGAAAAGAAGCAAAAAGAGAAGGAACGGCGGGAGUUGAAGAAAGCUGAGGGGUUUGGUGGGUUGGUCCUGAGUGAGAAUGAUAAGAACCUGUUGGAGAGAUGGACUCGGAUGAUUGACCAGACUCAGCAGCAGCCACCCAAUCUGCCUCUAAUCCAGACACCAUCAUGUUCAAAGCCCGCACCUUGUCCUGCACAAGCAGCAGAAGUCUGCCCUGUUGCCCAGCCCGUCUUUAGUGUGCCUAACAUCAACUUAAUUGAUAAAGCUGGAAGCCGUCAAAAUGGAAUCCUCACUGCUCCUACCCUAACUCCAAGUAUGCAGUUUGUACCCAGAUGUUUGAACCCCUGCCCUGUGCCCAACCUAGUACACUAUGUCCCUCCUACAUCUUCAGGUUUCCAUAUUACUCCAGUAGUUUUGGCUCCACAAGCUAAGCCAGGGCCCCCUCCAGUAGCAGCCCAUCUUCCUUCUGAUGUCAAGUUCAUUGGUGGAGGACAUGUUUUGCAAAGUCAUUUUCCCAUCCCCUCCAGACCCAAUGCACCCUGGCCCAGAUGUGGACAAGAAGGAUGGCCUGCUCCAGACACUGGGGAUGGCAAGAGAGGCUCAUUGACUAUAGAUCCCUCUCUUUUUCUUCGUAAUCCCACUACCUUGGAGCAGACACAGACAGUGCCUGGAAUUCCAUAUUCUAGGGGGGGAAACAGUCUAUCUCAGGGAGAACACAAGGCUUGUGACAUCACGCCACUCCCACCCACCACAUUCAACACGGAUGACACCUCCCACCCGACCUCUCCAGAUAUUAGCCUGGUCACGCAGCAGCUUUCAAAGUCCCAGGUCAGUCCUCUCCCCAAUGUAUGAGUCACUUAGACUGUGUAUAUAUCAUGUUCCUUAAAAUUGCAGCUCUUUAGAGUAAUAAGUGUUCUCUUUAAAUUUAAUGAGCCAUCCCAAAAAUUGACAAAAUGUUUGUGAUAGUGACAGAACAUGCAUUAAACAAAAGAAAAUUCCAUAUAUUGUGCAGGUACAGAGCCAGACACAAAGUUAAGAGGUUGUUUGGAGGUAGUAAUGUGCCCUUUAUACAUAUCUACCUGUUUUCCUUAAAGGGUCCAUGAGUGCCAGCCUUGCGUCACUGGUAAACCGUUUACUUACCAGUUAGCGGAGAUGUUCACGGCAGGCUGCAGUCUGGCCCCAGUUAUGAUAUGGCGAAGGUGGCGUUAGACUCUGCCUCAGUCUAUAGCAAGUCUUACCAGAGACUGCUGACAAUGUUGCUAUCCCUGGUGUGACGCAAGACAAGCUGCACCUACACUAUUUCGUCACUUUCCCUUUACUGUAUGGCUUUUCACCAAACUGUACAUUUUUAAAAAUUGAUCAGAGAACUGCAAAUUUUAGCAAAGAUAGUCAGACUGGCAAUAUUUUGUGAUUAUGCUAUUUACUCCAUCUUGGCAAUUUGGCCUAACUUUUACAGUUGAAGAAUAACUGUGUAAUUAUUUAACCCAUGCCACGGCCAUCAUAUAACCUUUCAGCACAAUCUGCCGUAUUCAUUGAAAUCAAUAUGGAACCCCCUUAUUAACCUUUACUGGGCUCCUGAAUUAUCUUGUGUUCCUUUCAGGUUGAAGAUCUUCUCCCGCCAGUCUUCUCAGUGACCCCCAAAGGAAGUGGAGCUGGGUAUGGAGUGGGCUUUGAUCUGGAGGAGUUCCUGAACCAGUCCUUUGAGAUGCCAUCAGAGAACCGCGAGAGGUACACAGCAACCCCCAGCAGAUCCCAGCUCUAGAAGAAUAUUUCCUGCUUCCAAGACGCCUGCUUAUUUCUCUGUCACUCUCUCUUACUUUCCUUGCAGCUUGUUCUUUGCCACUUCCUGGGUGCAUGGUAUGCAUCUAGCUGCCAGCCUGUCUGCCUUGACUGGCAGAUGUGCCGCUGUUAUAUCUUCCCCUUCCUGGCAUUGUGCACACUUGCUCUACGUAUUGUAAUGCUUAUUGUUAACAGUCUGAUGACUAACACUGUGCUACCAGUCAGGCUCUCGCCAUAUACCUUCCCCUUGCAUACAUUGUGUAGUUAUUUUCUGUUUAGGUACAAACCUGGCUCUGUCUCUUUUGCCCUACAGCCUAGUGGACUCUGCUCCUCUUUCGGCCUCGCUCUUAGCUGAUUGGCUGGAAGUUCACCGGAUGAAUCCUGCCGACAUGGCUUCCCUUCAGGAAGAUCUCCAGCUGGGGUCUCCCAUGAUCUUGUCCGACAUUCCUGAUCUCCAGGACAGUUGAAUGAGGUCAAGUAAUGGAUCUCAGAGUUUGCUGCAUAUUGCGAAGACGAGGGGGUUUCUUCAUGUAACAGGCAGUGUUCAACGAGUAGACAAGGUCUAUGGCCGGCUUAGAAAAUAGGAAUGAUUGAUGUAGACAAACGAUGCAUGCACAGAAUUUGACACAGUGCCAGGACUGACCCCAGCAGUGCAGUCUUCAUGAUGGCAUUACGGUGACGAUGACUCAGAAGACGUUGUACAACGAUUGAUAAUUUGCACUUCCUGAUAUCUCAUUAUGAGUCAGCUUUAUUAAAACAUAAUGAGCUUACAAUCUGUUUGUUAUAUACACAUUGUCGUCCACUUACCCCAGCUUCACAUGUAUACAUGUGUGUACACACUGUCUCUACCUAUCCCAGCUUCCUAUGUGUACACACACGGGCUCUGCCUAUCCCAGCUUCCUAUGUGUACACACACGGGCUCUGCCUAUCCCAGCUUCCUAUGUGUACACACACUGUUUCUACCUAUCCAGGCUUCCUAUGUGUACACACACUGUCUCUGCCUAUCCCAGCUUCCAAUGUGUGCACACUGUCUCUGUCUGUCCCCGCUCUCCAUGCGUGCACACUAUCCACUUACCCCAGCUCUCCAUGUGUGCACGAUGUUCACUUUCCCCCGCUCUCCAUUUGAGCACGCUGUCCACUUACCCCCUACUCUCCAUGCGUGCACACUAUCCACUUACCCCCGCUCUCCAUGUGUGCGCGAUGUCCACUUACCCCCACUCUCCAUGUUUGCACGCUGUCCACUUACCCCUACUCUCUAUGCGUGCACACUAUCCACUUACCCCCGCUCUCCAUGUGUGCGCGAUGUCCACUUACCCCCGCUCUCCAUGUGUGCACGCUGUCCACUUACCCCUACUCUCCAUGCGUGCACACUAUCCACUUACCCCCGCUCUCCAUGUUUGCACGCUGUCCACUUACCCCCGCUCUCCAUGUGUCCGCUUUCUGUUUGCAGACAUGUAGGUAAAGUCCACUGAAAAUUAAGUGCACUGACACAGAAAAUUUGUAAUUUAUUCAGUUUGGGGAAAAUGGCAGGUGUAAAGCAGUGGAGGAAAUAUGAGCUACAGGUUGAAGUGAAGAAGAGAUCAGGCGUUUUAUGUAUCAAACUGAUCUCAUAUUCAGACAUUCUGCAGUUUUCCAAUUCGUGCCAUUACAUAGCUGUUCAUUAAAGAUGUCUAGCAUUAAACAGGGUGGUGUUAUAUGCUGUGUCAGCCUUUACAGUCCUACAAGGGCUACCAUAUUGUAUGAUUUUGUAAUCCAGAGAGGCAUGCCUUGAAAAUAUGAAAGUUACAGGAGCUCCAUCUGUAACCAAAGCUCAGAAUUCAGUGUCCUGUAUAAAUGGAUUUAUUUAUAAAGCUGGAGUGUUGGUGAGUGUACUAGGCCCCCUUUUUACCCGGUGCCUGUAAAAAAAAAUAAGAUGCUUACCUCGAGUCCAGCGAGGAGACCGCCUUCGCCAUCAGUACCGACGCUCUCCCAAGCACUUCAGUACUUCUUAAAGCGUGGCAAUCAUCAAGCUGCACCAUCGGUAAUUCUCAAUGCUAAACAUUGCCAUCUGCUUCGUGCUAUAAUAAAAUGCAAAGAGGAAGAUCGUCUUCCUGGCUAUCUGAUCGAAAUGUCUUUAUAUCAGCACUUUUAUAGAGAAAGAAUGGGCACUCUUUUAAAGGUAGACUCCAAGCACUAUAACCACUACAGCUCACUAUAGUGUUUAUGGUGUCGGGUAUUAUUAUAAUAAAUAUUAACCCAUUAAUGAUGGUAUGGCGUACUAUGCCUCCCUUCAUUUUGUGGAUUUAAACGUGUGGACCACGAUCGCCGGUAAAGGUUAGUGUCCCAGCCACGGGGGCUGCAUACUGUUACCGGGUACUAUACGUACCGUUACCAGCGAUCAUGACGGGUGGGGGCUGCCUGACAACCCAGGCUGUCCCUCUGCAGCCAAUCAGGCCAUUCUUCUAGGCCAUGUCAUCACGAUGAUAAGUCUAAAGCGC